GAAGACGCGUGCACGUCAUCCAUGAUGGAACUCUGCUAAAUUGUUGCAGGAAGUUGCGCAUGACGACUAGCUAGGUACAAUGGCGCCUCUAGACUUGGAUAAAUAUGCAGAGAUCGCAAAACAGUGUAAAUACCUUCCAGAAAAUGACCUCAAGAGGUUGUGUGACUAUGUGUGUGAUCUCCUGCUGGAAGAGUCCAAUGUUCAGCCUGUCUCUACUCCUGUAACAGUAUGUGGGGACAUACAUGGACAGUUUUAUGAUCUCUGUGAACUCUUCCGAACUGGCGGCCAGGUUCCAGAUACAAACUAUAUAUUUAUGGGUGACUUUGUUGACCGGGGAUACUACAGUCUGGAGACAUUUACCUACCUGCUGGUGCUGAAAGCCAAAUGGCCCGACCGCAUCACGCUUCUACGUGGAAACCAUGAAAGCAGACAGAUCACCCAAGUUUAUGGCUUUUAUGAUGAGUGCCAGACCAAAUAUGGGAAUGCAAAUGCUUGGCGUUAUUGCACCAAAGUAUUUGAUAUGUUAACAGUUGCAGCUCUGAUGGAUGAACAGAUCCUGUGUGUCCACGGAGGCCUCUCCCCAGACAUUAAAACCCUAGACCAAAUUCGAACCAUUGAGCGGAACCAGGAGAUCCCACACAAAGGGGCAUUUUGUGAUCUGGUGUGGUCAGACCCUGAAGAUGUGGACACUUGGGCCAUAAGUCCCAGAGGAGCUGGCUGGCUCUUUGGUGCAAAGGUCACUAAUGAGUUUGUUCACAUCAACAACCUGAAGCUGAUCUGCAGGGCGCAUCAACUUGUCCAUGAAGGUUACAAGUUCAUGUUUGAUGAGAAGCUGGUCACAGUGUGGUCUGCUCCUAACUACUGCUAUCGCUGCGGCAACAUAGCCUCCAUUAUGGUCUUCAAAGAUGCUAACACAAGAGAGCCAAAGCUCUUCAGAGCAGUGCCUGACUCUGAAAGAGUCAUUCCACCCCGAACAACAACACCUUACUUCCUGUAGCACAUUAAAACUAAAAUGACACAGCCAUUUGUUCAGUGCAGAGAUACUGACUGGGACACUGGCAUCAGCACUUGUGAACCCAUAUGGAUUCUUUAUAGAGCAUUUAGAGUAUUUACAGUGCAUUUUUGGUGCCAACUGUUAAUUGUUAUUCCCACUCUGUGCAUAGAAUGCCAUUAUUCUGCAGCUUAAAUCACUGAGACAUUAUAGCGAAGUAUUUAGAUCAGCAACAUUGCUGUGCUGUUGAAAUGUUUGAGAGGAAGGAUUAACAUUAUACCCAAGUCAACUGAUGUGGAAAAUGUUCAUAUUUAUAAAUCUCACUUUUACUUUGCAAUAAAAAACCCCUCUGCAGAUAAAAUUGCAGGUGCAGUGUUAUAUACAAUAUUUCAUUUGAUUUUGUGAUGUAAAGCUGGGUGUAAGAUAAUGAAGCACUGCACCAAAGCAAAAUUUACAUCUGUUCUGACAAGUUUCACUGGAGUUAUGCAGUUUGUGUUAUUAUGUGAUCUUAUAAAUAAAGAGUUGAUGUGUAUAAAUAUAACUACCUGUUAAAGUUUCAGGAUUGUUAAGCCUGUGGUACCUUAAACAAUUCUCUGUAAUUUCCAGAUUUCGAAUCAGCUCUUGUAGUCAUUAUUUUUUGUGUGUCACCAUACUGUUUUUAAAUAAAGAAAUACAAAAAACA